CGCUGACUUUUCGUACUGCGCAUGUGCAACAGGAAUCAAUUCCCGCCUCCGCCUUGAACUGGAUUCACUUUUCAAAACAAUCAGUUUUAUUUCGAAAGCGAUCAUAAUUUACUGACGGAAAAAUACUCGUAUUAAUAUAUAUGACCACCAUCACUGACUCCUUAAGAACAGCUGUAAUUCACACGAGAAAUAUCGGAUGACAAUUGGCGUAAAGAUAUAUCAUGUUUUACAAAGUUUAGGAAAUUGUUACACAAAAUGGAUAUAAUUUGUGAUAGAAUUGGUGUGACAUAAUUGUCGUGACUUGAGACCAUUAGCAAAAUAUCUUUACUUCACUGCCUGGAAUAUCCUCAAGAGUUGGUUGCAUUCCUUUUAAACUUGGACAUAUUUACAAAAGAGGUUGCAGUAUCUUUAAACAUCAACUAAGAUCACGUUUUAUGGAAAUGUAGAAAUACUUCAAACACUACAAGAACAAGAGAAGUUGACAGAGAAGAAUAACAAUGGAAAAUGAAUUCUGUGAGAAACCAAUUGAAAUCAAAACAGAAUCUGACAGUGCUGGUUUUCCAGAUGAGAUGCAGAAUGAGGCAGAAGAAAUGUCAUAUUCCUGUGAUGUCUGUAAAAAGUCAUUCUCUCAAGAGCAUCACCUAACUCAUCACAAACGUAUUCAUACAGGAAAAAAACCAUAUCACUGCGAUGUCUGUGGUAAAUCGUUUCCGAGAAGAGAUUAUUUAAAGAUACACAAAAAUAUACAUACAGGAGAAAAACCAUAUCGUUGUGAUAUCUGUGGGAAAUCGUUUUCUAACAGUGGUGACUUACAUACUCACAAACGUAUUCACACAGGAGAGAAGCCAUAUCACUGUGAUAUCUGUGGUAAAUCAUUCUCUCAAAAUGGUAACUUUAAUGCUCACAAGCGUAUUCAUACAGGAGAGAAACCAUAUCACUGUAACAUCUGUGGUAAAUCGUUUUGUAAAAGUAGUAACUUAAAUAAUCACAAGCGUAUUCAUUCAGGGGAGAAACCAUAUCGGUGUGAUAUCUGUGGUAAAUCAUUCUCUAUGAGUUGUACUUUAAAUAAGCACAAACGUAUUCAUACAGGAGAAAAACCAUACCACUGUGAUAUCUGUGGUAAAUCAUUCUCCAGAAGUGGUAACUUCAAUUCUCACAGACGUAUUCAUUCAGGAGAGAGACCAUAUUAUUGUGAUAUCUGUGGUAAAUCAUUCUCUCGAAUUGGUAACCUAAAUGCUCACAAACGUAUUCAUACAGGUGAUAGAGCUUAUGAAUGUAGUAUCUGUGGUAAAUCAUUCACUGAAAGUGGUAAUUUGAAUGCCCACGUACGUACCCAUACAGGAGAGAAACCAUUCCAUUGUGAUAUCUGCGGUAAAUCAUUCUCUGAAAGUGGUAGUGUAAACACCCACAAACGUACACAUACAGGCGAGAAACCACAUCAAUGUGAUAUCUGUGGUAAAUCAUUCUCUGAAAGUGGUAACUUAAAUACCCACAAACGUACUCAUACAGGAGAGAAACCAUAUCACUGUGAUAUUUGUGAUAAAUCAUUCUCCCAAAUUACUAGCUUUAAUUCUCACAAAUGUAUACAUACGCGUGAUAAACCAUACCACUGUGAUAUCUGUGGUAAAUCCUUUCUUACGAGUGGUAACUUGAAUUCUCACAAACAUACACAUGCAGAAGAGAAACCAUAUCACUGUGAUAUCUGUGGUAAAUCUUAUUCUCACAGUAGUAAAGUAAAUAUACACAAGCGUACUCAUACAGGGGAGAAACCUUACAAGUGUGAUAUCUGUGGUAAAUCAUUUGCUCAAAGUGGAAACUUUAAUGCUCACAAACGUAUUCAUACAGGAGAGAAACCAUAUCACUGUGAUAACUGUGGUAAACCAUUCUCUAAAAAGAGUUACCUAACUACACACCAGCAUAUUUGUACAAGAAAGACAUCUUUUCACUGAGAUAUCUGUGGUAAAGUAUUUUUUAAAAGUGGUACCUUAAAUACUCAUGAAUACUUUCUUACAGGACAUAAACAAUUCUAUUGGGAUAUCUGUGGUAUGUCGUUUCCUACAAGGGAUAAUUCAGAUUCUCACAAAUGUAUUCAUUCAGGACAGAAAGCACACGAGUGUGGCAUCUGUAGUAAACCAUUUUCUACAAGGGGUACCUUAAAUACUCGUGAACAUAUUCAUACAGGAGGGAAACCAUACGACUGUGAUAUGUGGUAAAUCAAUUUUUCAGUUCCAAGUAAGCUAAGGGCACACGUAUUCACACAGGAGAAAAGCCUUAUUGGUCUAUAGCUGUGGCAAAUCAUUCAUCAUGUUCACUUCAAGAAGCAAUAACAGAUUCAUACAAGAGAAAAACCAUAUCAUUGCAAUAUCCGUGGUAAAUCUUGCUCUUGAAGUAGUGAAUUAAUUAAACAUGAAUAU